UUGCUCUUUCGCCGGUGCCGUGAAUCCACCUAUAUAAACACCACCCAUCACCUCCAAGCUCGGAUCAAGUGUUCUCCCAUGUUGCCCUCGUGAUAGAUCUCGUCGCCUCCUUUCCCUUCGCGCUUCCCUCGCUCGCCCUCUCAUGGCAAUGGCAAUAACUCCCCCGCCGGCGCUCCGCCUUCGCCAGUCGGCUAGCCAUGGACCCUUCCGCCUCUUCCCUCCUCGCCCUUCGCGUUCACUCGUGGCGAGGGCCCAUGGCUCCAUCCCCAUGCCACUGUGUCGACGUCUGAUAACCCUAAACCAAUACCUUCCGGCAUCCGCAAUUCCACGCCUGCGAUCGUCGCCGCUCUCCGCCACCUCGGCUGACGACGUCCAUCCGGUCGAUAAGAUUCGAUUGUUUGUUGUCCAGGGAUCCAACUACCAGGAAUGGGACUCCUUGACGUCCAGGUUCGCGGGAGCUGCGAACAUCCCCUUCCUCCUCCUACAACUUCCCCAGAUCAUCCUAAACGCCCGCAAUCUUCUCUCGGGCAACAACGCCGCCCUUUUUGCCGUGCCUUGGCUCGGUAUGCUUACUGGAUUGCUGGGCAACCUGUCGCUAGUGUCCUAUUUCGUGGAGAAGAAGGAGACAGAAGCAGUCAUCGUCCAGACGCUGGGUGUCGUCUCGACGUAUGUAGUGAUAGCACAGCUAACCAUGGCCCAGGCGAUGCCACUGCCGCAAUUUGCGGUGACGACGAUUGUUGUGGCUUUAGGGCUCGUUGUGAACUUUUUGAAUUACUUUGGUUGGGUUGAUGGUGCUAUCUGGAAUCUCUGGGAGGAUUUCAUUACCAUUGGUGGACUAGCUGUACUCCCUCAGGUUAUGUGGUCUACGUUUGUCCCAUUUGUCCCCAGCAGCAUCCUUCCAGGAGUCAUUUCCUUCACUCUGGCAGCUGCAACUGUCAUUUUGGCACGGAUUGGCAAACUUUCCGAGAAGGCAACAAAGUUAGUAGGUUCAUUGUCUGGAUGGACUGCUACCCUCCUUUUCAUGUGGAUGCCGGUUGCACAGACGUGGACAAAUUAUCUCAACCCUGAUAACAUCAGAGGCUUAUCCUCUUUCACAAUGUUGCUUUCGAUGAUGGGAAAUGGUCUGAUGAUUCCGCGAGCUUUGUUUAUACGAGACCUUAUGUGGUUCACUGGUUCAAUUUGGGCAUCAUUUCUUCAGGGUUGGGGAAACCUAUUCUGCAUGUAUAGUCUUAACACCAUCAGCAGGGAGUUUUUCUUUGGAACAACCAUUGGACUGCUUCUUUGGACAGGGAUGUCCCUCUGGAGAGAUUCAGUGGCCUAUGGAUACAACAACCCUUUAAGAUCCAUCAAAGAGCUUGUUUUUGGAUCAUGAUUAAAAUGAAGAUAGUACUUUCUUUUAGUAAUCCAAGUGUUCGAGCUUCCUACUAAUCUGAAAGUCCUACGAAGCCGACCUCCAGUAAAAUCUACUUUACUACUUCAAGAUGGUAAUUCUAGAAAACCCUAUAUCAGAUUAUGCUUCUCAAAUAUUACCAUUUAUAUAUUUUAUGCUCCUUGUUUUAUUUUUUUUUCUUAAUACAUGUUAUUUCUUCUAUUCUGCCAUAAAUGCCAAAUAAAGAAUUUAGCAAUUUGUUUAGUGA